AAUCUCUUUCACUCUCUCUUUCUGUCUAUUUCUCUGUCGAGCUCGAACUUUACCGCGGCGGGCAAGCAAGCACGUGAAAUGAACGCUUAGCAACAAUCGUGCCUCCCCCGCCCCGAAGCACUUGUUCCGAAGCACGGAAGACAGAGCAGCACUCAGCGUGCGUAGUAGUGUAUGAUAGCGAGAGUCCUCCUCGUUUACGAUCAGACUCCACGCCACAGCUCAGCUCCCGUCACGACCACUGCUCUUCGCCAGCUUAUCAUCCCCGUGCAUCAUCGCACACUAGCAUCGCACUGCAGAGCGUCGGGAUCGGAAUCUAAUCCUCUGCGCAAGCAAGCCUUUGUGUUAGGUUUCUCGCCCGCCCCGGUGAUGCUCGUCUUCCCCCCAAACUCGUGACAUGUGCGGGAUGAUGUAGAGACAAUUGUUGACGGUCAUAUCGAAGGUAGCGGGAGGGUGAGGAGGAGAAAAGAACAGUAAACGAGUUGCAAAAUCUCGGGGAUCGCGAGGGCGCCAUGAGGGUUGCGGAAAGGGACGGUGGAUACCGUGAUAGCAAUGGUGGGAGGGCUAACACGAAGGGGCCAUCGGUCUCUUCCUUCCCGACCUUAUCGAUUGAUGACUUCAAGGGCGCAUUCUCCUUCGAUGAUUUUUUCCAGAACAUUGUGACGGAUGUAUUGCCACCUGCCGAUGAAUCCAAACCUUUUGAUGGAAGUCAGAGUUUUGGCAAUGGGAGUUCAGUAGACAGUGGAGGUAAAGGAAAUGACUUCUUGGUUGGUCAACCAUUUGCGGAGGCUGGAGUCCUUCUCCCUCUAUGCAGGGAUGCGCGAAGUGAACUCGUGGAGCUCUGCUACAAGGUGGAUUCGCGGUUGGAGAAUCUCAAAGACGAAGUUUCCAACUAUGACUCGAAACAUGAGCAGAAAUUUGCUGAGCUAGAGAAUGGUGUUGCGGCCCUGUUUGAGAGCUUCAGCCGGCUUGAUUCACGGAUCUCAGGUGUAGGUCAGACUGCUGCUAGAAUCGGAGAUCAUCUUCAGAACGCAGAUGCUCAGAGGAAAGCUGCCAGUCAAACUAUCGAUCUGAUUAAGUAUUUGAUGGAGUUCAAUGGAAGUUUGGGAGAUUUAAUGGAGCUCUCUUCUUUAUUUACUGAUGAUGCGCGCGUUGCAGAGGCAGCUGCUGUUGCUCAGAAGCUUCGAUUGAUCGCGGAGGAGGGAAUUGGUAUUUAUGGUGGAUAUUCAGGGCAACAGAAGAGUGGCACCAAUGUAACUCCAGGCUUGGAAGUGGCGGUGUCGAACCUUCAAGAUUAUUGCAAUGAACUUGAAAAUCGACUCUUAAUUCGAUUUGAUAAUGCCGCACAAAAGUGGGAGCUGUCUACAAUGGCCGAGUGUGCUAAGAUUUUAAGUCAGUUCAAUAGAGGAUCGAGUGCAAUGCAGCGCUACGUCGCAUCACGACCAAUGUUCCUGGAUGCAGAGAUUAUGAAUUUGGAUGCUCGCACUGUCAAGGGUGAGUUUGGACCAGGAGGCGUUCCAAAUGUCACCAAGGGUCUUCAAUCUCUUUACAAGGAAAUUGCAGAAACUGUACGGAAAGAAGCUGCAACUGUAUCUGCUGUAUUUCCGUCUCCUGAUGCUGUUAUGGCUAUACUUGUUCAGCGUGUGAUGGAACAAAGAGUGGAUAAUGUGGUGGCAAAUAUACUACCUAGAUUGUCCCUCACAAAUCCCAGACCCAUGGAGGAUGGUGGAUUUCAAGAGUACCUUCGCAUUCUUGCUGGAUCAUAUGAGAAGACGCAAGAGUUGGCUAAAGAGCUUCACGCCAUUGGGUGUGGGGAUUUGGAUGUGGAAGGUCUUGCCGAGUCUCUUUUCUCUUCACACAGAGAAGACUACGUUGAAAUUGAACAAGCAUCACUGACUCAGCUUUUCCAGCACAGGGUGGCUGAAUUGAAAUCUGGUAUCGGUCUUGAUGCUGCCUAUCCUACAACAGCGCCAAGGCUGAACUCUCGAAAUGGUAUGGCGUCUGCCAAUACCACAAUUUCUGUAACAGUAGUUGGAGAGUUUGUCCAAUGGAAUGAAGAAGCUAUUGCUCGUUGCACUCUCCUCACUCCCCAGGCUGCUACUUUAGCAACCAACGUGAGGGCUAUCUUUCUUUGUUUGCUUGAUCAGGUUAGCCAAUACACUACAGAAGGACUGGAGAGAGCAAUGGAUGCGUUGAAUGAAGCAGCUCAGCAACGGAACUUGUACUCUAUUGGUUCUACUGUCAGCCGACGUGUGGCUGCUGCAGCGGCUACUGCGGCAGAGGCUGCUGCAGCUGCAGGAGAAAGGGCUGUUCGUGGAUUUAUGGUGGCUGUCCAAAGAGCAACAUCCAAUGUUGCUCUUGUUCAACAACAUUUCGUCAAUUCUGUUGCUAGAUUACUGCUACCAGUGGAUGGAGCGCAUGCUUCAUGUUGUGAAGAGAUGGCUACAGCAAUGGCCCUCUCUGAGGCUUCAGCUUUGAAAGGUCUUCAAAUUUGCAUUGACACAAUUAUGGCUGAGGUGGACCGUCUACUAGCUGCGGAGCAGAAGGCAAUCGAUUAUAAACCAACAGACGAUGGAAACGCACCCGAUCAUCGUCCCACAAAUGCGUGUACCAAAGUCACUUCAUAUCUGGAGCACAUGCUGGAAGCAGCCUAUGGAGCGCUGGAAGGCCUCAAUAAGCAAGCAUUCAUGACAGAGCUGGGUAAUCGUCUAUAUAAGGGCUUACUCGGACAUUGGCAGCGGUUUACUUUCAGUGCUAGUGGGGGGCUCCGCUUGAAACGCGAUGUAUCUGAAUAUGCGGAGUUUGUUCGUAGUUUCAAAGCUCCAGCAGUGGAUGAAAAGUUCGAGCUCCUUGGGACGUUGGUCAAUGUGUUCAUUGUAGCACCUGACAGCUUACCCACUUUAGUUGACAGCAGUUUAAAACAAGCAAGAGCAGAGGCAAUGAGGUUCAUUGAGUUGCGGGAGGAUUACAGGUCUGCAAAAAUUGCGAGCAGGCUUACGGCUUUAGUCCACUGAAUGUAUUCCCUCAACCUGUUAUGUACUUUUAGUUUUUCGUGGGAAAAAAGUAAUUAUACCAAUCCUUACGUCCAUUGCCUUAGUAGUUGGUGCGCAAUGGCAGAAAAUUGCAGGACUCUUGCAACCUUCAGUGAUGUAGCUCAGUUCUGUUUACGUGGAAGGUGUAGUUCAGGGGUUGGGCUACAAGUCCCAGAAUAAUCUGCCUUUUUAAACAUCAUCAAUGUACUUGAAUUUUUUGAUGAAUGUUGGGAUCAUUGCUCUGCACUAGAGGGCUUGGAGCGUGGUUUGUAUUAGGCCUAGAAUUAUAAUCUUACAGGAAGAGGUUUCUUGGUCUGA